AUGCUGAACCUAAAGAGUGCCACAACGACAAACAUCAGUUCCACUCCGCUCACCAAACAAGAUAUCAUCAGCUCCCCGUUAUCUUGGCUGACUCACGGAAAUCCGGAUGUUUCAUCAACGAAUACUGGCAAUCCGUCUACUCCUCCUGCGGGAGGAUCAGCAACAAGUGGAAACCCUUCCUCUUCAUCUUCUUACUCCGAUGCAGAUCAACAGAACAGUUCGGAAAUUCAUCUUCCUCUUUCGGCAGAUUUGGAAUUCUCGGGUCAAACUAUAAGCGCCCAAAAGUUGACUACUGGGUAUCAGACGCUGCUGGUUGAAUCCAGUAGAUGGAACAACGCUGCCACGCAAAAGGCGGUCUGUCCAGCAGUUGUCUCAGAUCAACUCCCACCGUACUGGUGGCCACUCUGGAUGACCCAGCCACCCACUACAAUCACCGACCCACAACAAACGAUCCUUUACCUGCGACUGUGGCGCAAUCUGCUGUCACAGCUGCAAACGCCCUCGCCUGGUCCCAAUCAAGCUGUGAUAGAUCCAACCAUCUCCCCACAGACAUGCACUGGUCAUCAUGAUGAGAUACAACCCACCCAAUCGUGUCCACUAAAUCUGGUCACAAAAGGGACCCGUGAGGAACGAAAUUCUUUUUCUGAAAGCCAUGAGAAGGCAUGCUUACACGUGACAAAGGAGAAAGUAGAGGCCAAUCGGGUAAAAUCCGAGUUUCCGGUCGACGCAAUGUGUGUAACAGCGAACACUGUGACAUCCACGGUUAAGACAGAGGCGAGCAGCACCGUCGUUGAAUCGCUAAAACCUAUGCAGCUCUUCAGAGAAGAAUUCUGCAUUCAAACGCCAAUGUGCUGUGUCACUCACAGGCCAGUGGAACGGAGGACCUCAAGUGGAACACAGCGAGCCACGUAUGAAUGUUCGCACUGUGGACGGAAGUUUAGCAAGGCAUACAACCGUACCAUUCACGAAAGAACACACACCGAUGAACGUCCUUUCAGCUGCAAUGUCUGCUGCCGUCGAUUCAGACGAAAAGACCAUCUGCGGGAUCACAGCUAUACCCAUCUCGCAGCAAAGCCUUUUGUGUGUUCUACGUGCAAUCGCGGUUUUUGUCAAUCCCGGUCACUGGAGAAUCACAAAAGAACGAACCAUUCAACUGAAACACAAUGGCAGACAUUCGCAUCCCUUCCAACAGAUCGACCAGAGAAAUAUACCGAGUUGUGUGUGCAACACCUUUUGGAAGAAAUAGACUGCAACAGAAGAAAUUUGAACAUCCCUUAAAACAAGU